GAGAAAAUUGAAUAAAUUUUCGAAUCAUUUCUCCUCAGUUAUUCUCAAUUUUCUUUCUACUGCAGACGCUUUUCUUUUGUUUGUAAUUAAUUUUCUAAAUGGAACGGAAAAAUAGUAAAGUGAAAGAAGACAAAAAUGUUCGCGUGAAAGCUCUUGAGCAAUUUCGUAAAAUACUAAUGAAAAAUCCCAAAAUUAAAAAUGUGCAAACUGACGAUGAAUUCCUUCUGAGAUUUUUGAGAACGAAGAAUUUCUCCGUGCCCGAUGCAAUGCACCUCCUUGAGAACUACUUGAGUACUCACAAGAGAUUCCCGCGUCUUUUUAUGGACCUCAGUGCUGAUUUGGGGGACUUUACUGGCCUUGCUGAUGCCACGUUCCUGUACGUUCUUCCGCAGACGGACAAAAAGGGACGCCUUGUGCUCUUUUGUGUUAUAAAGAAUUUCAACAUAAAACAAUGGACUCUGGAGGAUUUCUUGAGAUACGCCAAUCUCGCCUUUGAGUACCUAUCACUGGAUGAGAGAUCACAGACAAAUGGGGUGGUUCAAGUUGUGGAUUUUAGAGAGGAAUCCGUGGGAUUUUUUACCCAAUGCACCCCCUCGAGAAUUGUUGAGUUCUCGAAAUGCUGGCAAAAUACCUUCCCACUCUGCAUCCAAGAAAUCUACUUUAUUGGUCUCCCGAGUUAUGCUGAGAGUUGUUUGCAGAUUUUUAAAAUAUUUCUCGGAGAAAAACUUAAAGGUGUCGUUAAGGUCUCAAAGAAUUGGAAGGAAGUCUCAAAGGAAGUUGGGCUCUCUAUUUUCCCAAAAGAAUUUGGUGGAAAAACUCCAGCCGCACAGAUAAAUAAGCAAUACAAAAAAUCCCUUCUUGAGGCGAAAAAGGAAAUUCUCUCCGUGAAUCAAAUGGAUAUUUCACUGAAGAAAACUGUCAGCUUCGGAAAAACCUACGAUAUUGAUCUUGAUAAAGAAAUUGUUGUGAAUUUUCUUAAAAUUCUCUCUGAUUAGAUAUUAAUGGAAAUCGAAUGAAAAUAUAGCAAAAGGUUGGAGUAAUAAAAUAUAUUUAUUGACACGAAAUGCCCAAAUAUUCGCCAGAUAAAUACCCCUUGCUGC